GCCGGACGAUGUAUAUAUAAGAGACACGUUCGCAAAAUCCCGCCCACCUCCUCCCUGGCCUUGCUGCCCGACAUCUCGAUUCCAUCCGUCCAAUAUGUGUUUGGCCCAGCCCGUCCCCCGGGAUAUUCAGAGGUUCUCGGCGCCUGCCCACUCGUACAUGAUCCAUUAACCAUGUUCUCGUCUUCCUAUCUGUCCUCGCCUAAAUCUCGUCUCCCCUUGUUACUGCCAUCACUACAACGACGAUGAGCUCUUCAUCCUCAUCGUCGCGCAAGUCGCGCAUGGCGACGAGCGUGUCCAACGUCAUGUACACGAAUGCCGUGUACUUCCCCAACUAUAGGGUGUACAAGGGCGACACCCCGGGAGAGUUGAACUAUGGCUGUAUCAACCACGUGUAUUACGCUUUCGCCAACCUCUCGCCCGACGGCACUGUCUUUCUGAGCGACGAGUGGGCAGAUGCCCAAGCACCUUGUGACGGCGUCCAGGGCGCAUUGGGUUCUUUGAUGCACCUCAAGCAGAAGCACCCUCACCUUCAGGUGAUUUUGUCCAUUGGCGGUUCGCAGUCGGGCGAGAUGUUCCCCAUUGUGGCGUCGGACCCGAUAUUUCGCGAUAAUUUCGGGCGGUCUGCGCGCGGUCUGGUUGAGGCCUCGGGUCUGGAUGGAAUAGAUAUUGUGUGGGAAUAUCCUUGCGACCAGCAGCAAGGUGCCGAUUUCCUAGCUCUUCUGGCUGCCACUCGCAUCCACCUUCCCGAAGACUACUACUUGCUCACCGCUGCUCUGCCCGCGGCCAAGGCCGUUUUGCAGUGCAUCGACCUGCGCCAGUCGGUGGACUAUCUGGAUUUCAUCAACCUGACAGCCUACGACUUCUACGGCUCGUGGACGAACCGGAGCGGUCACCAAUCCCAGCUGUAUGCGAUGAACAAGGACGAAACCUCGGGCUCGUCCGGCGUCAGCUAUCUCAUGGCAUCAGGCGUGCCGGGGAAGAAGAUCCUUCUCGGGAUCCCCCUCUUUGGGCGCAGCUUCCUCCAGGCCACGGGGCCCGGGCAGAAGUUCAAGGGAGCCGGCGGCGAGGACGGCUCAUUCGAGUACAAGGACCUGCCCAGGAGGGGCACCAAGGAGCAGGUCGACAAGCGGUCCGUCGCGGCGCAGUGCGUCGGUGGAGACGGCGGCUUUGUGACAUACGACAACCCAGACACGGUCAAGAUGAAGGCGGCCUUCUGCAAGCAGAAGGGACUAGGGGGGCUAUUCUACUGGAACGCACCGGCGGAUGCGAAGGACAGCAAACGAAGUCUGAUCGCGGCAGGUUUCCGCGCACUGCACAGCUCAUGAUACCCUGCAUGGAGGGAGGAUCCCCUUCCCCCCGGAGUGGUAGGGAACCUCUCUCCACCCGAGCCGCCCUGCCUGGACAGGAUUUGUCGAUUCGGUCUCAUCGACGGCGAACUAAACAGGCGGUAAACGACCUGUAUCGUUUAGUGGCCCU